UUGAGUUUCUUCAUUAAAGAAAAGAAAAGAGAUUUGGAUUCCUGACCAUGUGCUGCAUCAUGCUUUAACAUCAUCAUUUUUCUAUUCUUCUUCAUGAUAUUUGUGAAAAUUGUAUGGCACAUUCUUGGGCGUAGAAAAAGUAGCAAAAAUUAGAGAAAUUAUUUUAUAAGCUGGUCGAUUAAACCCCAAAAACAAAAAGGGAAAAGUUGAGCAAAUACAAAAUGGCUUCUAAAUAUCAGGAAAAUGGCAAUGGAGAUACAGAGAAGCCUCUCAUAGUGAAACAUGAUGCUGAUCAAACAGCUCAUAAAGAGGAGUUAGUUAUGGUUUAUUUGAGCACUGCUGUGGCUGUUUGUGGCUCCUAUGCAUUUGGAACGUGUGUUGGAUAUUCAUCGCCAACACAGUUUUCUAUAAUGGAUGAACUUAACCUCUCGUAUUCUCAGUAUUCAGUAUUUGGGUCAAUAUUAACAAUUGGUGCAAUGCUUGGUGCAAUCACUGCGGGACGGAUUGCAGAUCUUCUAGGCCGCAAAGGAGCCAUGAGGCUAUCAUCUGUAAUAUGCUCUGCUGGAUGGCUAGCAAUCUACCUUGCUAAGGUCUGCAGUCUGAGACUAGGUAGCAAGAUAAGUGGUUUGAAUCAUUCCUUCCUUCACUUUCUCACGUACAAAAUGACAAUCAAUGUCAAUAUGCUUUGUCCUUUCAUGAAAUGUGGGAUUUGCAGCAAUUUGGAUGGCAACUUUACUAUUAUAAUGAAGUGAAACCGGUCUAGAAAUGGACACUCCUAGGGCUUGUGACUGAACAAUCAGUCAUACAAUUUCUGCUACACAAGCUGCCAUGCUUCGAUUCUCAACUUCUGCUUGGCUUCUACUGACAGUAUAUUAUUUCUUCGACUUCCAGGAUAUCAAGGAGUCAUCUAAUUUGAUGGCAUAUCCUGUGAUUGAGUGCCUAGUGUUAGGGCAUGCAGCCCAGUCAGCAUCACAAAAUGCAGUCAAGUUAGUUGUGGAGUUCUUAGAUAAGAAUAUCCCUAAACCAGGACAUCAUUUAAUAUACUUGAUCACUCUUAAUGCAGCAUCCUAGUGAGACCUCUUUGGUUGUUGCAUGUUUUGGCCAAGAACAUGGACUGUGAAGCAGAUAUCUGGCCUUGUGAUAUUUUCCCACCAAUUUUUUAUAGCUGCUUAUGUAUUCCAAUUGAGGGUCAUCUGUAUAUCCUAUCAGCUUGUCAUAUUCUGCAGUGGUCAGUUUGAUGUUGGUUUCAAGUGGUGUGGAGACCGUCUUUGCACCACUUAAUCCUACAUCUGACACUAACUCUAAGGCAUACUUCCUCUGAUUGAGUAGUACCCCUUUCUGUGAUUUAAGCACUUCAAUUCCCAAGAAAUAUUUGAGCUCAUGUAAAUCCUUUACUUUGAAAUUAUUGUAUAGAGUCUUCUUUGCCUCAUCAAUAAGUCCUUGGUACUCCCAAUGAUGAGGAUAUCAUCCACAUAGAUCAUGAUGAUCACAAUACAGUCUCCCUUCUACUUGGUGAAUAGAGAAUGGUCAUGUGGACUUUGACAGUAUCCAGCUUCCAAUAGAACAGUAGUUAGUUUGAUGUUACAUUGCCUUGAUGCCUGCUUGAGCUCAUAUAGGGACUUCAGCAAUUUACAGACCCUAUACUCCCCAUGUCUAUGGAAGCCUUGUGGUAAGUCUAUAUAGACAUCUUCAUAUAAAUCUCUUUGAAGAAAAGCAUUAUUGACACCCAGUUGGUACAAGAACCAAUUCCUUGAAGCUGCUAUACUGAUUACUGUUUGGAUAGUAACCAUACCCAAGUCUCGUUGCCUUCCAAUGCAUCCACCUCUUAUUACAUUGCUUGAAUCCAUUUAGGAUCUGUGAAGGCCUCCUUAAAGGAUCUAGGUUAUGUUGGCACCAAAAAAGAACCCAAAUAAUCUUGAUAACUGGAACUGAGAUGAGAAUAGGCAACAUAUUGUGAAAUGAAAUAUGAGCUAUGUGCUCUUGGCUUGAUAGAAGUAACAUAGUCACUGAGCCAAAUUGGUGGUCUGGCUACUCUACUUGGUGUUGCCUGUGUGCUCUUCUGUACAUGAUUAUGUAAUGUAUUAUCUUGGUCUUCUUCUACUGCCUGUUCAUAUUGUUGAAUUUCUCUAUGAUCAAGUUGUUGAACUGCAUUCUGAUCAAA